AUGUCCGCCUCAUCGACAGGCGAAUCCCUUCAUUCAAUCUCUCUCAACUCAGCGCGACCAUUCACGGUUCCUGCACGCGACAGCUUUUCUCUCGAACUUCCGAUAUCUUCACUUACAGCAAUGUCGGCCGACGCCUCGCUCAAGUCCCCUGUCGGCUACAAAAACCAGCGCACGCCCAGUUUCAGUAGGGAGGGCAUACUAAGUGCAUCUCAAAAAUCUCGACAUCUUUCGCAGUCAUCUGACAACAGACCUGACAACAUGUCCAAUGGCGCGCAAAAGGUCUCAAGCGAUGAAGGCUCGAACCCACUCAAAAGGAGGAAUACCGAAACGGGCGUCGAUUACCCCCGCCGUAGGGCCACUAUUGCUUGCGAGGUUUGCCGCUCAAGGAAAUCCCGUUGCGAUGGCACGAAACCAAAGUGCAAGCUCUGUACAGAGCUUGGUGCUGAAUGCAUUUAUCGGGAGCCAGGCAUUAAGCUUGACGCUGGUGACAAGCUGAUCUUGGAGCGUCUCAACCGCAUUGAAAAUCUCCUUCAGAUGAAUAUGGUGAACACAACAGCAAAUGGACUAAACCUAACUGACAACUCGCCUGGUAUGAGCAAUGGCACGGGGCUUGAUGGAGACAACAUGAUGCUGUCGGCCAACGCUGCCUCUUUUGGCUCUAUCCCCAAUGGUGGAUUUGGGACUUGGUCCGCCCAACCGACCGGAACCAAUAUUUCUACGAUGCCUAAAGUCCACACUAAUGCCACUAUGCAUUUACUACAAUGGCCUUUGAUUCGAGAUUUAGUCUCGCGACCAUGCGAUCCCCAGAUUUUACUACAAUUGGAAAUGGCACGAGAACCACUCCACACUCUGACUAAAACCCCAUGUGUGGACUUGUCGAAUACUCAGGCUUACAUCGAGGCCUAUUUUGAGAGAGUUAAUAUUUGGUAUGCUUGCGUCAACCCGUAUACCUGGAGGAGUCAAUAUCGUACAGCCUUGUCCAACGGUUUCAGAGAGGGACCGGAGAGUUGUAUCGUGCUUCUUGUUCUUGCUCUGGGCCAGGCAAGCUUGCAUGGCAGCAUUUCGAGAAUCCUGCCACAGGAAGACCCCCCUGGGCUUCAAUACUUUACAGCAGCGUGGUCGCUGCUUCCAGGAUUGAUGACUGCCAACAGUGUGGUAGCGGCACAAUGUCAUCUCCUUGCUGCUGCUUAUCACUUUUACCUUGUCCGCCCUAUGGAGGCAUGGAACCUGCUUUGCACGACAAGCACGAAACUACAACUCCUUCUGAUGGCCCCAAGCCGUAUCCCUAGCCACCAGCGAGAGCUCGUGGAGCGAAUCUACUGGAAUGCGUUGCUUUUUGAGAGCGAUCUUCUUGCGGAACUCGACCUGCCUCAUUCAGGGGUAGUACAAUUUGAAGAGAACGUUGGCUUGCCUUGUGGAUUUGAGGGAGAUGAGUCAGAACAGGUCGGUCGAGACGAGCUUUGGUACUUCCUUGCAGAGAUUGCUCUACGUCGGCUGUUGAAUAGAGUGAGCCAGCUCAUCUAUUCUAAAGACUCGAUUGCAUCAACAACAAGUCUGGAUCCUGUGGUUGCGGAGCUUGAUUACCAACUGAGCCAAUGGUACGAGAGUCUACCACUGCCCCUGCAAUUCCCUUUCACACGAAAUGCGCUGCAAGAUCCGGUUCAAACCGUCCUUCGACUUCGAUUCUUUGCUUGUCGCACCAUUAUAUAUCGGCCAUACAUUCUAGCAGUGCUAGACAACGAGCAAGCAGUAUUAGAUCCUGCUGUGCGGGAGAACUGCCAUAAGUGCUUGGAGGCUUCUAUUCGACAACUCGAACAUAUUCACGAACAUCAUGCCGGCCAUAUGCCAUACAUCUGGCAAGGUGCUCUAUCGAUAGUCUCCCAAACUCUACUCAUCAUGGGUGCCAGCAUGUCGCCGUCGUUGCUUAGCAUUCUGCUAACCUUGGUGCCUCACCGUGAGGCGUUGGACCAAAUGAUUAAUGAUGUUGUGUUAGAAGUUGAACGAUAUGCAACUCUGGCCCCUAGCUUGAGUCUGUCCUCAGAAAUUCUCAAGGAGGCAGAGACCGCGGCGUUAUUCAAUAGUAGCGCCGCCCCUUACUCCCAUACGACCAAGAUACGCCUCAUGGGUGCAAUUGCUACCCCAAGAAACUAG